AUGGGGAAGCUCGAGGACAACGAGAGGGUGAUCCUCAACGUGGGGGGCACGCGGCACGAGACCUACCGCAGCACCCUGAAGACCCUGCCGGGGACCCGCCUGGCCCUGCUCGCCUGCGAGUCCCGCAGCGAGUCCCCGAGCGGCGAGGAGCCGCCGCCUCUCCCGAACCCGCCUCUACCACCGGCGGGCGGGUGCCCGGAGCCCGGCAGCGGCUGCAGCCCCCGGGGCAGCGGCGCCAGCGAGUUUUUCUUUGACCGGCACCCAGGGGUCUUCGCCUAUGUGCUCAACUAUUACCGCACCGGCAAGCUGCACUGCCCUGCCGACGUCUGCGGGCCGCUCUUCGAGGAGGAGCUGGCCUUCUGGGGCAUCGACGAGACCGACGUAGAGCCUUGCUGCUGGAUGACAUACCGCCAGCACCGCGACGCCGAGGAGGCCCUGGACAUCUUCGAGGCGCCCGACCUGCUGACGGGAGAGCCACCCCCUGAUGGUGACGACGACGACGACCUGACUGCCAAGAGGCUGGGCAUCGAGGAUGUGGGGGCAACCGCCGAGGGCAAGGGCGGGCGUUGGCGGCGGCUGCAGCCCCGCGUCUGGGCACUCUUCGAGGACCCCUACUCCUCACGGGCUGCCAGGUUCAUCGCCUUUGCUUCUUUAUUCUUCAUCCUAGUUUCAAUCACGACCUUUUGCCUGGAAACACACGAGGCUUUCAAUACUAUUAUAAACAAAACUGAGCAGGUCAUCAAUGGGACAGAAGCUGUGCUACAGUAUGAGAUAGAGACAGAUCCUGCCCUGACAUAUGUGGAAGGAGUCUGUGUGGUAUGGUUUACAUUUGAAUUUUUAGUACGUGUUGUUUUUUCCCCAAAUAAACUUGAAUUCAUCAAAAACCUCUUAAAUAUCAUUGACUUUGUGGCCAUCCUGCCCUUUUACCUAGAAGUGGGUUUGAGCGGGCUCUCCUCCAAAGCUGCUAAGGAUGUGCUUGGUUUCCUCAGGGUGGUAAGGUUUGUGAGGAUCCUGCGAAUCUUCAAGCUCACCCGGCACUUUGUGGGCCUCAGGGUGCUGGGCCACACUCUGCGAGCCAGCACCAAUGAAUUUUUGCUCCUGAUAAUAUUCCUGGCACUCGGUGUUCUGAUAUUUGCCACCAUGAUCUACUACGCAGAGCGAGUGGGAGCCCAGCCUAAUGACCCCUCAGCAAGUGAGCACACACAGUUCAAAAACAUCCCCAUUGGCUUCUGGUGGGCUGUAGUCACCAUGACCACCCUGGGGUAUGGGGAUAUGUACCCACGGACCUGGUCAGGCAUGCUGGUGGGCGCCCUGUGUGCGCUGGCAGGAGUGCUCACCAUAGCCAUGCCCGUGCCUGUGAUAGUUAACAACUUUGGGAUGUACUACUCCCUGGCCAUGGCAAAGCAGAAACUGCCGAGGAAGCGGAAGAAGCACAUCCCUCCUGCUCCUCAAGCCAGCUCACCCACCUUCUGCAAGACCGAUUUGAACAUGGCCUGCAAUAGCACGCAGGGGGACAUCUGCUUGGGCAAGGACAGCCAGCUGAUGGAACACAACAGAGCAUCAGUGUUAUCAGGUGAAGACAGUGCAGGAAGUGAGCAGCCACUCUCACCUGGGGAAAGGCUCCCUCCCAUCAGACGCUCUAGUACAAGAGACAAAAACAGAAGAGGGGGAACAUGUUUCCUACUGACAACAGGGGAUUACACGUGUGCUACUGAUGGAGGGAUCAGGAAAGGCUAUGAAAAGUCUCGAAGCUUAAACAACAUAGCUGGCUUGGCAGGCAAUGCUCUGCGGCUGUCUCCAGUAACAUCACCCUACAGCUCGCCUUGUCCUCUAAGGCGCUCUCGGUCACCUAUCCCUUCCAUCUUGUAA